GGUGAGUGAGCAGGCCUGGGUCUGGGAAGCGCAAGAGGACGUCUUUGUAAGAGGAUUGUGUCUAGACGCCCCUCGCUCAUUACGAUUCCCGAUGAUACCUAUCACUUUGGCACGAGGUCUGAACUACAAGGAGCUCUGCGAGGUCUGGUUAUCGUCGUUCUCGAACACGAAUGGUGGAAGCUUUGUUGGAUUGUAAGAAGUUAUCAUGGUUCUAAGUUGUUCGUAGGUUGCAGAGAAGGGAAUGCAUGUCCCACAAAGAGAAUUACACAACUCCGGAGGUCAGCUGGGGACCUAGUGAGCUGCCACAUAGAGAGCAUCAUCAUAAUUGACACCUUCGUAUUCUUUUCAGAGACCAGACCAUGGUCUUCGGGACACUUCUUGUUCUUGGGGCGGCCGCUGCGGGGUACUACGUUUAUGAUAAAGUCAAGGAACAGAAAGCAAAGGAGAAGUAUGCAGAACUGAUCUCUGACGCAAACGAUCAGCAAGAUGCCGAAACAGUACGGAUCAAGAAACGUGCAAUCCUUGGAAGGCUGGUCUAUGGGACGUAUGACAGGUUCAGAGGUGCAGAAAAUUACGAGGAAUGGUGGACCAAUGUGCACUAUCGUCUUGUCCCGCUUGAGUCAGUAUUGUCUGUGGACGAGCGUAAUUCCUAUGCAGAAGAACUGCAGGAUGAGCUUUGUAACCAGUACUUCGGUGUCUUCCAACGAACGAAUGAAAGUUUACCUUCAGCUUUGGCUCCAAACUGGGUAGUCGCCAUCCGGGGAACUGACCUCUCGAACAUAGAAGAUAUCAUAAACGAUCUCAGCAUCUUUACGGAGACACUGCACUCUUCAACUUUGAUCCCCAUUCUGGAAGCUGUGGUCCGGAGUCUCGUUGCGCAACAUGGGUACGACAACGUGAACGUGACCGGUCAUUCACUCGGGGCCGCAGCGGGCUUGCUGGUUUGCCGAAGGCUGGCACUGGAGGGCUGUCUGGUCGAGGGCCACUUCUUCAAUCCUCCGUUCACCACUCUGAAAUCGCUGCUACGUGUUAUUCCCAAGGAAUGGCGGCCCAUGAGUGAAGAACUCUGUGAAGAUGGUAAGUCCCUCGCGAUGGAACUUCUCGAGACAGACCCCGACCCCUACAGCAAAAGUAAAGCAUUAGCCGAGUUCGCGAGACUGGCCAAAGUCAAUUGGUCUCCGUAUCUCUACGUGAACAAAUAUGACGUCAUCUGCAAUGACUUUCUCUCGCACUUCGAGAAAGCAAAACCCGGAACUUGCAAUUAUGAUGAGGAAAAGUGGUAUUCUUCCGUGACUGAUUUGACCCAAUGGGUUCUGGGAGAGACGGAGUCUUUCCAUCUAUUUCCUUUUGCACAUUUGAAUAAGAUCAAGAAAACAAAGUACGGUUUCCGGCCCGUUUCAGCACACAAGCUGUGGACCUGGUUGAAUCCACGUGUCGCAGGUCAAUUCAAGCAGGCUAGACUCAUCCCACGGCCUCAUAACUUGGACGGCAUGUUAUGAGCACUCUCCAUGUUCCAGUGUUCCCGAGUCUCGACGCAGACGCGAGCGGGGCCGAAGCCGAGAUCAGGUGAUUUCUCAUGAAGGAUUCCAGAACCACGAGUGCUUAUAACAGGAUCUGAUAGGAAAAACAGAAAUUUCGCGUGUGUAACAUAGAAGUUUGUCGUAUGGUAUCCUCAAAGGCCUCUAUCAUUCUGAUUCUCCACUUCCUCCGCGGCAGACAGGAACUCUGAAGCUCAUAUAUUAAAAAGCUCCAUUGCCCAAAAGAAUUUCUUUCUAGGGAUAAAAGAUGGGUCCAAUUUCGAUCGAUCUCGGAUACUUACACAGUUGCAUCACAUGUAGUGUGCACUUUAGUGUGUUGAUGUACUCUUUUAGGCCAUUAUGAGAAAGUCACACGAAGCUGGAAUCGAAAGUCAAACCUUGAAGGUAGUAUGUUGCUCGGGAGUUUUGAAGUAGACUGGACUGAGACUGUAUCACAGCUCCCGCCAGUUCAACGGAAGAGUAACUGGGGAGAUAAUUACGGAUAGGAAAAACGAGAGGCAUGGAACGAAGACUAGAUCACAAGCAUAGACGAUAACAUCUUUUGCGUAGUGAUCAAAAGCCAACAAAGUGUAUAGAGAACCCACCAACUGCCCAAAGUACAUAGACCAUCUCUCUCCUGUAAAAUGAAUUCAUACCCUCUAUUGUAGUUUCUACGUACUCUGAUAAA